AUGGACCCCUCGGUGGAGAACCUUUUGGGUACGAGGACGUUCGAGGACCAAUUCGACAUCAAAGAAUUUGUGUCGUCCAUAUCCGAGAACUUGAUCCAGCAGUCUAACCAGGAACCAGGGCCGUUCGACCCGCGUCCCUUUAUCAGGAACUUUGAGGCUGCAGUUGAUAAGCUACUCACGAUACGCAAGGACAUCCAAAAGAAGACAGAAAUGCUUGAAAAAAGCGUAAAGAGUGCAGAGGAGGAGUAUAAUCAGAAAAUGGUGGAGCUAAACUCAGGGUUUGAGGCUGUUGGAAGGUCUUUCACGUCGAUGGAGAGUAAGAUCACGGAGGUAGGACGCUCUGCGAUUCGAAUUGGGGAGCAACUAGAAUCAGUGCAUCUCGGAAGGCAAAGGGCGCAGGCCGCCUAUGACCUUUUUGAUCACUAUAACAGACUCUCGCGCGGUGACACCUCGAGUCUCGAAACGCUCAAGAAGGAGACAAAGAGCCGUGAAGGAACGCGACAGGUUGCUAUUAUUCUGAGGCGACUCAAUGUGGUCGCAAAAGAGGUUGACGUACCGGGCGCAGAUACGACGCGAGAGAAUAUUGAGAGAUACUGCGAGAAAUUCGAAAAAGACAUGCUGAAACUGUUUGAUAGAUACUACCGAAAGGGGGAUCCCAAGAUGAUGGCGCGAUGUGCGCAAACACUACUUGAGUUCAACGGAGGGUCAUCAUGUGUCCAAAUGUAUGUUAACCAACACGACUUCUUCAUCUCAGAGAAUCGUGUACAAGGUCCUGAUGAGACUAAUCUUGUAUGGCAGUCUCUUUUGGAUCCGUACACCGCGGCUCCGAAGAAGGAGCCUGGUUUAUCGGCUAUAUUCUCUGAAAUCAGGGCCACAGUAGAACAGGAGGCUCAGAUCAUUCAAGCUCGCGUGUUUGCACAAGUGAUUCAACAAUACCUCGAGGCCGCUCUUGAAAGAGCAUCGACAAUAUCCAACUUGGCUUUUCUUCGCAUGCUCAAUAUGGCUCAUAUCCAGACAUCCGCUCUAGUCGAAGAUUUGAAACAGUUCGAUCUUAGUACUACCAUAACCCGAAGCAACCCUGCCCCUGCCCCUGUUGAUCCUCUAGCAGCAUCGGGAUCAGCUGGUGCUGGAGCGGCAGCACCAUUCGGACCUAUGCUCGAUACUGCGAUGGAAGAGAUUUUUGUGCCUCAUACUGAGGGGACUAAAUACUUGGAGCGAGAGAGUAAAUCUCUGGGGGAGAUGUACUUAAAUCUUCUGCUCCGAUUUACAAAGUAUCAUGAAAAAGCAUCGAAAUCCAAGACAUCCAAUCUUUACGGAAGACUGGUCAAUCAGUUAGCAAAUGCAGCUGCGACUUCAUCAUCUAAUUCGGCUCCCGGGAGUACUCGCGCCCAAGCCGCUGCCGCGUUCAUGAAAUUCAGUGGGAUAAGCGGGACUCCAGUCGAGAGCGAAGAUGAUCCGUGGCACGCUGAAGCAAUCGGAAGAUGCGUUGAAAUAGGGCCCACUAGUGAAGUGCCAAAGCACGCGUUGUCCUUGCUUCGUGUGCUCUCCGAGGCACUUGGUCGCUCGUAUAUCGAAGUCGCUAUUGAAACAGCACAAAAUCGGCUGGAGUCCCGCGAUACCAAGACAGAACCCGACCUUAGUGGGCUAGCGAUUAUUAGAUGCACCGACUUAAUCUGCCACCUAUGGCAGCAAUAUAUCAAUAUUGCGUUAUUGCCAUUGGCUAGCAGCUCCGUUACUUUGAGGAGGGAGAUGUCCAUAUUUAGUUCUCAGACCAUUAGCCGAAUCGAGGGCGCGACAAAUACACUUAUGCAGAAGAUCAUCGAUGCUGUCCUGGUGUACCUUGCCUCCCAAUUAAGCAAGCAGAAGAAGAAUGACUUCAAGCCCCGCAAUGACGAUUUAUCUUUUGCUCGUGUCAAUACCGACCCUUGCACUGCGUGUUGCGAAAUGUUGGAUAAAUUUAGGGAUGCAGCGAAAGAAAAUACCAGCGGUAAGAAUCUAGAGUACCUGCUUACCGAAGUCGGGACAUCCUUCCAUAGCCUACUGCUUGAACACUUGCGUAAAUUCUCUGUGAACGAGACUGGUGGUAUCAUGCUCGCGAACACAGAGUCUGAAAUCAUUCGUAACCGAAAGUUACUGGGAAGGAUUGACGCUCAACUAUUGCGACCUUAUCUUGCACAACGUAGCGAUUGGAACCAAACUGAAAGGGGUUAUGAUGGCGAAAUCCCCACAGUUGACGCCAAUGAUGCCUCUAGCAGGGGAUUGAAGGAGAGACUAGGGGUGACAGGGAAGCUUGCUGCUGUCGUUCGGGAGUUGGAUAACCUACGAGUCGGAGAUGAGGGCAAUGUGAGUGGAUCGGCAAGUCAACGGAACAGCGGAGCGUUCGGACUAUCACCGGGUAUGAACUAUGGGGCGGGUGAGAGAUAG